AUGGAGGAUCCUGUGGAAGCAGACCAGUACCGGAGAUAUGUCUCCGAAGGAAAGCAAGAGUCCCGUAACGGGAACCUGGAGGAAUCCAUCCGACUGUUCAGACAAGCUUUACAAAUCCACCCCAGCGAAAAGCUGAAAAAUAUCAAAAAGUUGGAGGAAGCCUUGGCUUCUUUGACCCUGGACCAGGAGGAGGAUGGCUUUGCGGAUGUCUGUCAGAGCGGGUUGACGAUGUACGGAGAAAUGUACGACAAGCUCUUUGACCACCAGAGAGAAGGGGUGGCCUUCUUGUACGGCUUAUACAGAGAUCGAAGGAAAGGGGGCAUCUUGGCCGACCACAUGGGCCUGGGCAAGACCAUUCAGAUCAUUGCUUUCCUUUCAGGCAUGUUUGAUGCGGAACAUAUCCAAUCCAUGCUGUUAAUUGUGCCAACUACCCUCAUUAGCAACUGGACAAAAGUGUUUUCCAGCUGGACUCCAGGCCUGUGUGUGAAAGUCUUUCAUGGGACUUGCAUAGCUGAACGCAACUGAAAUCUUGAGCGGCUCCAGGGGAGGCAUGGCGUCCUAAUCACAACGUACCAAAUGCUGCUCAACAAUUGGCAACAGCUUGCCAGCUUCAGCAAUAAGGAGUUUGUUUGGGACUAUGUCAUCCUCGAUGAAGCACACAAAAUUAAAACUCCAUCGGCCAAAAUGACCAAAUUGGUGCAUGCCAUUCCUUCCAAAAACCACAUCCUUCUCACAGGGACCCUGGUGCAAAACAACCUGAAAGAACUCUGGGCCCUCUUUGACUUUGCUUGCCAGGGCUCACUACUUGGGACCAUGAAAACCUUUCAGAUGGAGUAUGAGAAUCCGAUCACCAGAGCCAGAGCGAAGGAUGCGACUCCAGGAGAGAAGGCGCUGGGCCUUAAGAUCUCUGAAAACCUGAUGUCCAUCAUCAAGCCCUAUUUCCUAAGACGCAGCAAAGAUGAGCUAAAGAAGACAGUUAAUCGAAAACCGUAUGAAGAAGCAUCGUUUCAGAAAUCUGAAACGAUGCUGGAAAAUGAAUCCUUCACUACUCCUUCCCCAUACCCGGCUGAUUUCAACCUCGAUUUCAACCUUGACUCUGAAGACGGACCACAAGUUGUCUCAGGAGAGGAAAUAUCACCGGAGGAAACGGAAAAUGAAGGAUUUCAGCUGCAGCUGGACAGUCACCAUAGCUCUGAAUCUCAUUCUUGGGCUGGAGAAAAUGAAGGCAAUGGAAGCCUCCAGCCUAGGAAAGAUACAAUGGAGUCUCAGCUUCUGGAAGGCUUUAACAAGCUUUCCGAUGCUUCAAUGGACAACAGUGAGGCUUCUUUUAAAUAUAAGAAGCCAAUCAGAAGAAUAGUCUCAGGCGAUAAAGAGGAGCAACAUGAACUUGAUGACAGCGAGCAUGGGAAAAUAUCAGCCUCGAACAGCAUGGGUCAGAUCUAUAUGUCAACCCCAAAGGCCAAAGAGCCCAUGGCCGAUCUCUGCUUCUUUCCAAGACUGAAGGUCAGUGGAAGACGGUCAACCACCUCUCGAAGAUCCCUGGCCAAUUUGGCCAUGGAUCAGGUGGAAGACAUGGCAGAGGUGGUGGAACCUGGGAGCGAAAUGAGCAAGAGCUACAGCAAUCAGGAGCCAUUGGAGCUGGAAGAAGAGCCCUCGGGUCAGUGGAAGAUGGUCAACCACCUCUCGAAGAUCCCUGGCCAAUUUGGCCAUGGAUCAGGUGGAAGACAUGGCAGAGGUGGUGGAACCUGGGAGCGAAAUGAGCAAGAGCUACAGCAAUCAGGAGCCAUUGGAGCUGGAAGAAGAGCCCUCGGAAGUCUUACAGACAAUGAAGGAUUUCAGCUGUGGCUGGACAGUCACCAUAGCUCUGCAUCUCAUUCUUGGGCUGGAGAAAAUGAAGGCAAUGGAAGCCUCCAGCCUAGGAAAGAUACAAUGGAGUCUCAGCUUCUGGAAGGCUUUAACAAGCUUUCCGAUGCUUCAAUGGACAACUGUGAGGCUUCUUUUAAAUAUAAGAAGCCAAUCAGAAGAAUAGUCUCAGACGAUAAAGAGGAGCAACAUGAACUUGAUGACAGCGAGCAUGGGAAAAUAUCAGCCUCGAACAGCAUGGGUCAGAUCUAUAUGUCAACCCCAAAGGCCAAAGAGCCCAUGGCCGAUCUCUGCUUCUUUCCAAGACUGAAGGUCAGUGGAAGACGGUCAACCACCUCUCGAAGUUCCCUGGCCAAUUUAGUCAUGGAUCAGAUGGAAGACGUUGCAGAGGUGGUAGAACCUGAGAGCGAAAUGAGCAAAAGCUACAGCAAUCAGGAGCCAUUGGAGCUGGAAGAAGAGCCCUCGGGUGAGACACUGGACUCGGAGGACAAAUCCAGCAAUAUGCAUGAGAUAGGCUUUCUUGGGGAUGAGUCUUUGUUUAGAAGCACUUCGGAAGGGCCGGCCCUGCUCUUUUUGAGAUAA